UGAGUUUGGCCGAUUAGGUGCGCUCUUCUCAGCUGCUCUCUCUCUCGCACAUUCCUGGCUGGACCAAACAACAUUAGCUGCUGAUAACAAAAAUAUCGAACUCACCGGAUUGGAGCUCUUGUGGUAUGCGAGGAAAACUGUUUUUCCAAGAGACCAAAGGCCAAUUUCCCCGGGAGAGUGAGUGCAUCGGAAAAGUAACGUUCCUUGUUUUUCGCAAUUUUCGCGCACGUCCCAUAUCGAAAAUUUCACUCGACCGCCGUGCAAGUAAAUCAAUUUUCGCUCCGUUUGCUGCCGUUUGUAUCCAAAGGUGUGAUUUUUCACUUGGAUUUUAUUGUUCGUUCCUUGGUGUGAUUCAUUGAGGAUAGUGUGAAAACGUUUGAAAAAUUAUUGUUCCUACGGUGAGGUGGGCGGCGCUAUUUAUGCAGCGGUUUGAUGGAAUAGAAGCGAGAAAACUUAUUUCGGUGAACCCGCUGAAGUGCUGCUCUUGAGCCCGGGGCAAAGUGUGAAUAGUGUCCAGGUCAGUAUUCUAAAGUGCUAUCUAUACAAGUGGCAAUAGAAAUGAAAGCAAAGUGUUGAGUGAAAAUCACGGCUGCCCCAGAAGGGCCAAGAAGAACUAGGCAUAGAAUGGGCUAGUGCAGAGGGACGACGAAUUUAUACGAUGGAGUAGUGAUGAAAGCUUUGUGUGCCGUUUUCUAAGCGAGUCUUCUCACCAGUAUAGUAGUCGCCAUACGGAUAGGAUGGUGGUACGAUAAGAGUCAUGGAAAAUGCUAAAACCUAAUGGGGAAGAAAACCGUGUGCCGGAUGGCGCAGGAGCGUUUUGCAAAAGCGAUGGGGGAAAAAUAAGCGAUGCGAAUAAUAUUAGGGCGUAAAGUGGUUCGGCACGAUCUGGCGAUCUUAUUUUCUGUGCAUUACGGGAUGUGCGCCAGUAGCAGGAUGCUAUACCAAUAACAGUGAAAUACCGCAUACAUCAUUAGUGGAUAAUUAAUCGUUGGGUAGGAAUUUUCUUCAUCGCCAUUCGCUAGUCUUCAUCGUGGAAGUGGAUAUCUAGGACUAUGAGUGACUCGGCUUUGUUUGCAUAUUAAAUGGAAUGACGGAAUGAGCCAUGGUCUAGAUGAUGGUAUGCAGCAUCUCAUACACACAGUUUGGAUUGUUUCCAAGUUGCCAUGUGGAUAAAAGAUACUCGAUACUAUACGCCGACCGAGACAUUAAGAUACUGCACACUCUCCGAGCUUGCUCAGUUUCAUGUGUUUAAUGAAUAUACGGACAAACGUAAAUAUGUGGGAUAGUGAAGGAUAAUAAUAAAUAUCCGUUUGCUGGCACAUCCCUCUGAUAAAAUGCCCAAGCAAUGGCCUUCCCAAUAAGGCACUGUCGUUGGGACAGGACGAGGGCAACAAAAUAGGAUAUCACUCGGAGAGCACUCUUAUGAUCUGGACACGACCAUCCGUGCCAGCAGUACCACGAAUCGUUUUCCAUAUUUAGUCAGUUGCCUUCACUUUCACGGUAGGUCCCUUUAUCACACAGCGCCACAACGAGGAAAUGCAUUUUUGGAUCGAUAAGCGCUCGCAAGCUUGUGGUUUCGGAAGAGCGCGGGUGGCAGCGUCCCUAUCUGGUGGCGGCGGGCUCGGUUUCGGGCAUCCCAGACGCAUACCCAGAAAAUCAAUGGUUACUCCAAUUCAUCGGUUUCAAACGGUCGACUGUACCAGGCCACAUCUCUACCGGCAUCAACAGCAGCAACAAGCGCAAUCACAGAAUAGCAACCAUCAUCAGCAUUAUAAUCAGCAGCAGCAACAGCAGCACCACCAGACCAGCAAUAAUCAGUCGCACAUUCAGCAUCACCAGGCGCAGCUCCACAGCAGUGGUCACUAUAAUCAGCAUAAUAGCAUAGUUCCACCAUCAUCGCAUCAUUCGCAGGUCCUGUCGCAGAACCACCAGCCUCAUCAUCAGGCACAGCAGGCAAAUAGCUUCCACGUGCCAGUAGGAGUAAAUCACAUUUAUAGUAAUUCAUCGUCGCAGCCAAAUGCCAUCGAAAUCGAUCAGAGCAGCGUGACGAUCGGAAUUGGGACGCUAAACCAACACGUGCCGCACGUUGGACACGAUGCUCAACUGCUGCCAGCGCAUCUCAAAUGCGGAAUGUGGGCUUCGCUCGCCCUGGCGACAGUGUUCGUUGCGGGAGCCAAAUUCUACUUCGACCAUCAGGGUACCGGGCUGGAAGUGCUCAUAUUCUGUGCAUUUUCGGCAACGUUCUUUCUAGCAGCAUGCACCGUUUCACUAUGUCGACGUCCAAGGGACCUACAGAUGCCCGGUAAUAAUGUGAUAUCGGAGACGAUCUCCAAUGGGGAGCCAAGCUCUCUUCAGCACAAUCCGGACCUGAUGAGUAGCACUCCUUCGACGAUGCUCAAUGGCAGCGUUGGUGGGGCGCAGCCAAACACACUGGGCGUGCUGGCGCCGCCACCUCCAUACCACAUUGCCAUUCUGCUGCCGGAAAGCACGAAGGAAACGGAUGAAACGCCGCCACCGUCAUACGAUAAAAUAGUGAUAUAAUAAUAAUUAAAAAUCCCCCUGGAUCGUGUCGUAUGAGUUACAACUGCGCACCAUUUCAUCUAUAUAAACAUAGCAUAGGCCUACAUAUAUAAUAGAAAGCCAAUGAAUAGAGGCUUCAUGGAAAUUUUGGUACUUGAACGCACUUUUAUGCGUCUUUAUAUUAUUUUCUGUUCUACAGUGGUUCUGAAUGUCGACAUUUGCAAGGAUUUAGCUUACAUUGGGCGAGAUUUUACAGCGCAAGGAUUUGAUGUUUUACUGUCAUCGUAAACUAUGCACAAUUUUGAAAUACGAUGAGAAAUUCAUGUACUUUUCCAACAAAUAGGUCAAGUACUAAUUUCAAAUCUAUUUUUUUGACUUGGCUUGAAAUCU